GAGAACCUACUAUGUGCUUGGCGUGGCCUAGGAACUCGUGACUCAGACCUAUGCCUGAUGGAAAGGAGGUUUGGAGUGGGGGGUGUCUGGUGGUUACGGCUUGUCAUCUCCAGGUGAUAUGUGAAGAGCAAGUAUACUAGAAGUGGGGAGGGGAAGGACCUUCAUUAUCAAGAACUGAGAUGAGCUCAGUCCUGCUUGGCAGUUGGUGGAUGACUGACAUGGUCGCUCAGGGUCCCUCCUGAGCCCAGUAGGGGCACUGGCUCUGUGGCUGAGGGCUGAUGAAGCCUCUCUCUGUCUCUUUUCCAGGUGACAGCAGCAUGGCUGUGCCCCAGGCUUUCCCACUGGGAUCCCUCCAUGAGCCUACAGGUGCCCUGAUGGAGCCCCAGCCCUGCCCUCGAAGCUUGGCUGAGGGCUUCCUGGAGGAGGAGCUUCGGCUCAAUGCUGAGCUGAGCCAGUUGCAGUUUUCAGAGCCAGUGGGCAUCAUCUACAAUCCUGUGGAGUAUGCGUGGGAGCCACAUCGCAACUAUGUGACUCGCUAUUGCCAGGACCCCAAGCAAGUUCUCUUCCUGGGGAUGAACCCGGGACCUUUUGGCAUGGCCCAGACUGGGGUGCCCUUUGGGGAAGUGAGCAUGGUCCGGGACUGGUUGGGCAUUGGGGGGCCUGUGCUGACCCCUCCCCAAGAGCACCCUAAACGACCAGUGCUGGGACUGGAGUGCCCACAGUCAGAGGUGAGCGGUGCCCGAUUCUGGGGCUUUUUCCAGAACCUCUGUGGACAGCCUGAGGUCUUCUUCCGUCACUGCUUUGUCCACAAUCUGUGUCCUCUGCUCUUCCUGACUCCCAGCGGGCGCAACCUCACCCCUGCUGAGCUGCCUGCCAAGCAACGAGAGCAGCUUCUUGGGAUCUGUGACGCAGCCCUCUGCCGGCAGGUGCAGCUGCUGGGGGUGCGGCUGGUGGUGGGAGUGGGGCGACUGGUGGAGCAGUGGGCACGGCGGGCUCUGUCAGGCCUGAUGCCAGAGGUCCAGGUGGAGGGGCUGCUGUAUCCCUCUCCCCGUAACCCCCAGGCCAACAAGGGCUGGGAGGCAGUAGCCAAGGAAAGACUGAAUGAGUUGGGGCUGCUGUCCCUGCUAUCGAAAUGAAUACCCCUGGGGCCUGGCAUAGGACGUAUUCAAGGCUUCCGAGUCAUUUUUGAGCAAGCAGAUGACAAGACACCUCCUGGAUGAGAGCCAAAAGGUCCUGGGCUCCCCGGUUGCUGGGAAACAUGUUCUUUGAUCUGUUGACUGUCUUCCAACCUGCCGUGGCAGUUUUGACACUACUUCUGUUCGCCUUCCUGACUCCUGCUUUCUUCACCUUCCUUUGAGCAUUGCCCCUUUUGUGGUAUCUGACUCCACAGAGAAUCGACAGAAGGUGGGCUCUGUUGCACUCGCAGACUGCUCUACCUCAUUGUUUCCUUGGGAAACGCUAUUCAGCGGAGAGUGACCUAGACAGUGACUUCUAAGGUCAUAUUUGCUGUUUCAGAGGAAUCUUGCCAGGAUCCCUACCCAUCCUGCUGCUAACGCCUUUCCUCAGAGGGCCAGGACAUACAUGGGACAUGAUAUUAAAAGUGAACUUAUGGGAAGCUGAGGCUGGACCAGAGGGAGAAUUCAGUGUGGCGGAGUGGGAAAGUCAGAAGACCUGGAUUUUCAUCCCAGCUUUGACAGACUUGUGCAUUUUAUGACGGACAAAUUGAUUAGCCUCUCUAAGCCUCAGG